CAGAUUUACUGCAGCCGCGGACACCGCACGUAAACGUCAAACUAACUCCUUUUCCAGCAAGAUUCUUUCGAUUUUCGCGACGUGUUGCGGUCUGUGUGCUUGCAAAUUUCGGUGAAAAUCUAGCGUAAAAAUGCAAGGAGUGGCUAUAUUUAUCGAUGCCGAAAUCGAAGAUCAGGCACAAGAGCUGAGGAAGUUCUUUAAGAAGCUCGGCGCAGAGAUCAGUGAGGAGCAAUCAUCUAAGGGUAUCGAAGAUGACCUGCACAAAAUCAUUGGCGUUUGCGAUGUUUGCUUCAAGGAGCCAAGUCCGCACACGGUCGAAGAAAUCGAUGCUGUGUUGAAUAGCGUCGUGUCAAUAAUUGUUUCGAUUCCGCUUGAGCGGGGCGAGAAUCUUAUUCUAGCUUUCUGCGAGAAGAUGACCAAAGCGCCGGAUCAAACUUUAGCGCGAGUUUGCUUACAAUCUUUGUGGCGUUUGUUUAGCAACCUAGAGGCAACUUCCCCACUGCGGUACCAUGUUUACUAUCACUUGGUUCAGGUGGCAAAGCAAGCUGACCAGGUAAAAGAAGUGUUCUCUGGCGUUGAUCAGCUAAAAACGCAGUUCACUCAAUGCCCACCGUCGAAUGAACAGAUGCAGAAACUGUACCGUCUGUUACAUGAUGUCCUUAAGGAUACCAACAGUGAGCUGGCUUCCAAAGUAAUGAUCGAAUUGUUGGGAACAUAUACUGCAGAAAAUGCUUCCUACGCACGUGAAGACGCCAUGAAGUGUAUCGUGACGGCACUGGCCGAUCCGAACACUUUUCUACUGGACCCCUUGCUCUCGCUGAAACCCGUCCGCUUUCUAGAAGGAGAGCUAAUUCACGAUUUACUGUCGGUGUUUGUGUCGGAAAAACUGCCAAGCUAUUUGCAGUUUUACCAAAACCAUAAGGAGUUUGUGAAUUCUCAAGGUUUGAACCACGAGCAGAACAUUAAGAAAAUGCGUCUGCUGUCAUUCAUGCAGCUGGCGGAGAGCAAUCCGGAAAUGACAUUUCAGCAACUGCAGGAAGAGCUGCAGAUUGGUGAGAAUGACGUUGAACCGUUCAUCAUUGAAGUGCUCAAAACUAAGUUGGUUCGUGCACGGAUGGACCAAAAGGCCCGAAAGGUGCACAUAUCCAGUACUAUGCAUCGAACCUUCGGGCGGCCACAGUGGCAGCAAUUGCGUGAUUUGUUGCACGCAUGGAAAGCUAAUCUUACCCUUGUUCAGGAAAAUAUGAAAUCCGUUGCCGAGGCACAGGUUGAACUAGCUCACAAGCAGUAAGUCGGUUUCUAGUGCAGUACGAAAAUAGUGAGACGUCUCCCGAUAGAAGCAAAAACAGACAAUUAUCAAUCGGAAAGUGUGACUAAAGUAAAUUAAAGUGAUCAUUUCUCUUUCGCCUUAGUCUGCUGCAGCAAACGGGCGGAAGAUUCAAAAGCGCGAGUGACUACUUAAAAAAAAACAGACUAAAAGGACCUUAGUAAAAGGCUUACCGUGUGAGGAGGCGCCGUUCUACCAAGGCCUAGGGGUUUGGCCAACGGUUGGCAGUGCGCUGUUCUUAGUGGGAGGGUUGUUUCGUUCAUUACACAAAACUGGAUCGAUAGUAUAUAGAUGAUAAUCGCUAAGCUUGUAUUAAUUGCAAAUUUCAUAAAUAAUAUAUACAUUUUUUAGAUAUGAACGAAACUAAA